AUGGCGCGGAAGGAGGGACACGACCUGCAGGAAAAAGAGAUGGCCAAGAUGCAGGCUGAUCAGGAGAAGCAGCAGGCGGAUGCGGCCGUCAAGAUCCAGGCGGUGCAUCGCGGCAACCUCGCCCGGAAGGAGGGGCAAGACCGACAGCAGGAAAGGGAGGCGGCCAAGAUGCAGGCCGAUCAGGACAAGCAGCAGCAGGAGGCGGCCACCAGGAUCCAGGCGAUCCAUCGCGGCAACCUCGCUCGGAAGGAGGGACGGCAGGAAAAGGAGGCCGCGAAGAUGCAGGCAGAACAAGACAAGCAGCAGGCCGAGGCCGAUGCAGCCACCAAGAUCCAGGCGGUCCAUCGCGGCAACCUCGCCCGGAAGGAGCAGCAUGACAGGCAGGAGGAGAAGGUAGCCAGCAAGAUCCAGGAGGAUCAGCAGAAGCAACAGCAGGAGGCAGCUACCAAGAUCCAGGCGGUCCAUCGUGGCAACCUCGCGCGGAAGGAGAAGCAUGAGAAGCCGGAUGAGAGCAUGGCCAGCCCGACCCAGGCAGCGCAUCGAGGAGUCUUAUCCCGGAAGGAGGAUGGCCAAGAAGAGACGCAUGAGGACGCCACCAGCAAGACUCAGGAGGAAGAUGAGGCCGCCACGAAGAUCCAGGCCAGCCUCCGGGGGAACUUUGCCCGGCAGGAAGCCCACGACCGUCAGCAGGAAGAAGCCGCCACUAAGAUCCAGGCUGUUCAUCGCGGCAACCUCGCACGGAAGGAGGGCCAGGAGAAGCAGCAAGAGAAAGCUGCCAAGGAUGCCCACGAGCGGCAGCAGGAGGAAGCAGCUACGAAGAUUCAGGCCAUCCAUCGCGGCAACCUCGUGCGGAAGGAGGGCCAAGACAAGAAAGAUCAAUCAGACGAGGCACAUGGAAAGAAGCCUGAGGACGUGACCAUCAUCACGCUGCAGGCUCCUGACCCGCAGCAAGAGCAAGCAGCCACUAAGAUUCAGGCCAUGCAUCGCGGGAACUUGGCUCGCAAGGAGGGCCAAGAGAGGCUGCAGGAGAAAGUUGCCAAGGAGAAAGCCGACAAGGAGGAGCAAGAAGCGGCUACGAAGAUCCAGGCAAUUCACCGUGGGAAUCUCGCACGGAAGGCACAGCUCGAAGUUCCGAUGCCUUCACCACGAGGCGCUGAACGCCGACGAAGCAGCCACCGAUUGCCCAAGUUGACAGAGGUCCAGUGGUCGCACGAGGUGGCGGUGCCAGAACGUUAUCUGGGCAAGGCCGUGCGAGUGGACGCGACACAUCGCCGUGCUAUCCGCUUGGGUCAACUCCGGGAGCUAAGCGACCUCGUGAAAGAG